AUGUCGAAAACUAUUCUGAUCACCGGCGCGACCGGCAAGCAGGGAGGAAGUGUCAUUACGGCUCUUCUCAAUGCCAAUGCAGAUGUCGAAAUCCUCGCUGUGACUCGUGAUGCAUCUUCUGGCGGAGCUCAGAAGGUCAAGGCCAAAUCCUCGAACAUCAAGCUGGUCGAAGGCAAUUUAGAUGAUGCGGAGAAGAUCUUCGAAAAUGCUCGCGGGGUGACUUCUCAGCCCGUUUGGGGUGUUUAUAGUGUCCAGGUUCCGGUACCUGGUGGAUCGGACAAAGAGGCCGAAGAGAGACAAGGCAAUAGUCUUGUUGACGCAGCUCUGAAGAACAAUGUCAAGCACUUCGUCUACUCAUCUGUUGACCGCGGCGGCGAGGCUUCAUUCGACAGCCCUACGCCGAUUCCUCACUUCAUCAGCAAACACAAGAUUGAGCAUCACUUAGCCGAGAAGGCCAAGGGCAGCGAAAUGACCUGGACCAUCUUACGUCCGGUUGCAUUCCUCGAAAACUUCACUCCCGAUUUCUUCGGCAAGGUCUUCGUCACCUGUUGGAAGAAUACAGUCAAGCAGAAAUCGCUUCAGCUCAUCGCUGUUGGUGACAUCGGCUUCUUUGGUGCGCAGGCCUUCAUGUACCCCGAUGAGUACAAAAAUAGAGGCAUCUCUCUGGCUGGUGAUGAGCUUACCUUUGAAGAGAUGUCCAAGAUUUUCAAAGAAAAGACUGGAAACUCUCCCCCAACGACCUUUGGCUUCGUUGGAAAGGCUUUGAUGGCCAUGAUGAAAGACUUGGGCUAUAUGUUCCAGUGGUUCUAUGAUGUAGGGUAUGGGGCGGAUAUUGCGGAGCUGAGAAAGGUGCAUCCUGAGAUGAAAGAUUUCCGCACUUGGCUUGACAAGGACAGCGGAUUCGAUAUCAAAUAA